CUUGCUCCCGUUCUGCUCCUUUUGGACCAAUGAAGGAACCAGAUGCUAUCAAACUUUUCAUCGGACAAAUCCCUCGGAAUUUAGACGAAAAGGACCUGAAGCCGAUAUUCGAGCAGUUUGGCAAAAUCUACGAAUUAACGGUCAUUAAAGAUAAAUACACUGGCAUGCAUAAAGGAUGUGCCUUCCUGACUUACUGCGCCCGUGAGUCAGCCCUCAAGGCCCAAAGCGCGCUGCACGAGCAGAAGACGCUGCCAGGGAUGAACCGACCGAUCCAGGUGAAGCCAGCGGACAGCGAAAGCAGAGGAGAAGACAGGAAGCUGUUUGUAGGGAUGCUGGGCAAGCAACAAACGGAUGAAGACGUCCGGAAAAUGUUUGAGCCUUUUGGGAACAUCGAUGAAUGCACGGUGCUCCGAGGUCCGGAUGGCACGAGCAAAGGCUGUGCCUUUGUGAAAUUCCAAAUGCACGCCGAAGCCCAGGCAGCCAUCAACACGUUGCACGGGAGCCGCACGCUGCCGGUGAGUCCUUCGCCCAUUCCAGCCAGCCCAGGCUUUAAUUUUAAACUCUUGUGUGUUGUUUUCCCAUCCGCCCCCCACCCCCCGAUCCCCAAUGCCACAGCACAGAGCUCGGCAGCCCCCGUGGAUCCAUUGCAACAGGCGUACGCCGGGAUGCAGCACUACACAGCUGCCUACCCUGCUGCCUACGGACUGGUGAGCACAGCCUUCCCCCAGCAGCCCGCCACCAUAAUAACCCAGCAGGCUCCCCCGCAGCAGAGAGAAGGUCCCGAGGGUUGUAACAUCUUCAUCUACCACUUGCCGCAGGAAUUCACCGACUCCGAGAUCCUGCAGAUGUUCCUCCCCUUUGGGAACGUCAUUUCGGCCAAAGUCUUUGUCGACCGAGCUACCAAUCAGAGUAAAUGCUUCGGAUUUGUAAGUUUUGACAAUCCUGCCAGCGCCCAAGCCGCCAUCCAGGCCAUGAACGGCUUCCAGAUCGGGAUGAAGCGACUGAAAGUGCAACUGAAACGCCCGAAAGACGCCAACCGGCCGUACUGAACCACUGCCUG